AUGGGGGAAAAGCCAAUAGAACCUUAUAAACGGGCACAAGCAGUGGCUCUGCAUCAAGUUGGUUUUAAUUUGACGGACAUAUCAAGAGAACUCAAAAUUUCUCGUUGUUGCGAGCGAAAUACGAUCAACAAAUUUGAACAACAUGGUACAUUUGAAGAUUUGAAACAAUCUGGUCGACCAAAAGCUCUUUCUACUCGAGAUAUACGUGAUCUGAAACGUCUAGUAACAAGUGAAAAUCGAUUAAGUGUGGGCAAAAUUAGGAUGGAUUUAAAUAUUAGUCGGCCAAAACCAGUUUCGCGAGAAACUGUGCGUCGUUAUCUCAAAAAUCUUGGUUAUGAAUAUGCUGUAAAAAUCAAAAAGCCGUGGCUAACUGUGAAGCAUAAGAAAGACCGUGUUAAAUGGUGUAAACAAUAUCAACAUUGGACCAUUCACGACUGGCGUAAAGUUAUAUUUAGCGAUGAAUCAACUUUCUAUGUGUUAAAACGUAAGAAUCAAGUAAAAAUUUGGCGAUCUGAUGACGAACGAUUGUUGCCUGAAUGUGUACAGCAAAUGAAUACAGGUAACGGCGGGAAAAUUGGGAUAUGGGGUGGUAUUUCGGGACAAGGAACGACAAUGGCACGAAUUUUCGAUGAUAGUAUGAACGGAAUAUUGUAUUGCGAUGUUCUACAAAAUGAAUUAAAAAAGUCUAUUGCGCGACUUCCAAAGAAAAUGUCGUACAUGUUUCAACAAGACCUUGCUCCAUGGCAUACGUCAAAAUUGGUAAGUGAAAAAAUAGCGAAGACGAAGUUGAACAUGUUUGAGGGUGUUUUUUGAACCCUUUUGACUAUAGGGUAAAAAAUGUAUUUCGCUAUACAUUCUCAGUUCACGAUCAAUUUGAUGGAGCAUAAGUGGAUUAUAUAGACCUCAAUUAUGACUACAUAUAUAUAUAUCUUAAGAUAUAUAUUUUUUCUUACCUGCGAAGAAACAAUCAAAAAAUAGAAAGUGUCUUAAACUUUUGUGGUCCACUUUAUUCUUAGCAUUCUGUCAUUUUUCAUGAAAACUGACUUUCUGUAUCACUCACCAAAAAAGUUCACUAACUAAUUGUCAUUUCAAUUCAGUCAUGAAGAUAUCAAAAACAUCUUAUUUUACGAACAUAAUUUCACAUCUAAGAGUACAUCUACUUUAGGGUUGAGGGUAAACGAGAUACUUGCAAAAGAUAAAACACAAACACAUUUCUUUAUUUAGUUCAUUUCCUUCAUUAAAGUAGAAUAAUUUCAAUAUAUAAUCAAAGAGAUGCUAUGAGAGAAAUUCCAAGCGAAGGCAUGAUCUGCAAAAGUCUUACCUAUUUAGCUGCUGCCAUUUGAGUUUUCUUUUGUUGUCGUCUUUUUGUCUCUGCUUGUCUGUUGACCAAUUGUUCAGUUGUAUGACCAAAUUAGAUAAAGAGAAUGAUGAAAUAGUUUUAAUCAAUUGACAUUCAUAUUCAUCGUCACUUUUUCACUCAAACACUCACUAUACUGCAGCUUCAAAACAAUCAAAUUAAAGACAGUGGGGCACAGUUCCUCGCCGAAGCAUUAAAAACCAACAAAGUGAAUUUUUUUUAUUUUCUACACAUCUUUUUUUUCUCACGUUCACAUUUUCUUAAUCUUUUAUAAACACUGCUGGAAUUAGAUCUCUCAGAAAAUAAUAUCUCCGCUAAUGUGAAAACUACUUUGGCACAACAAGACGAACGAAUGUGCUUGUGAUUAAUUGAUUGGUUGUCUUUUUAUUUGGAUUAAAUAAAAUAAACUUUGAUUAUUUAUUUAUACUAUUAUAUUCGCACCCGUGCAGUAUAAAAAAACUGUACGUGCAGUAGACACACAUGCUAAUAAUGGAUGGGUGAACCGAAGAAUCAUUCUGUGAACCAAGAAUAUCCUUUGUCUAUUUAUCAUUGAUUUAAAGGAGGGCAGGAGAGAAAGAAAGAAGUGCUAUUCGUGACCAGCAAGUAGUACAUCCUGCCUGUCGAUCUUGAGGGUGAGGGUGAAUCCAAGUAAUCAAUGCUGGUUUCUGUCUAGUCUGACAUUAGAUCUCAUCAUAUGAUUUGAUUUCAGAUAUUCUCAUCAGUAGAAUAAAUCUUUUUGUCUGUCAUUUUGUUAAUUGAAGUUAAUUUUAAAGACAAAAUAAUCUUCUCUUUUACAAUAACCUCAACAACUUAUGAAAACAAUAUCGGCCAAAUUUUGAAAUAUCGUUAUCGAAGUAUCAUCGUUCUCAUAUUUAUUUUUACAACUAGUUGAAUAUAUUUGCUUUUUAUUUUCUUUAUAUGUAUUUAGAAAUCAAUUUUAUGAAGUUGAAGUAUAUUUUUGUAGAGAAUUAUUUAGAUAGUCUUUUGAUAAAGGAAACAGUUUGAUCGAGUCAAAGGAAGAGAAGAAAACUUGAAAAUAAGAAGAGCACAGUUCUUUUUUGACCAUCCGUUAUUUUAAGCUUUUCUUCGAUCAUGUUUCUAUUUGACGGCGAACUUCGAAUAUGUCAUCUUGUUAUUUUCAUUUUCAUUCACUUCAAACAUCAACAAGAACACUUAUUUUCUUGAUUUUCACUGAUAAAAAUAAUCCGCAAAUCAUUCGAUUAUUAUGAAAUUUGUGAUUAAAAAAGUCGUUGCUUGGUUAAUAUUAUAUCUUACAAGUCGAGAUAUGAGAAAAGACGAAAUUUUAAUAAGAUUCAUUCGAGUAUUUCUGUGAGUGUGACCUAUUUAUGCCAGUGUGAAUUAUUUCUUUCUAUUCAUAAGUUAUAUAAGUUUGAUAAAGAAAAACUACAGUUGAAAGAACAACGUUUUGUAUUUAAUAAUAUUCAAUUUUUUUAAACAAGAUUUAACAGCCUGUUAUUUUUCACGUAAACUUGUUUCCCAUGUCAUCUAUAGAAAAAUCUCGAUAAAGAGUUUUCACUUCAUUUCAGUUGUAUGAAUAUUGGAAGCGUCAUGUAUAACAAUAUGUUCUCAUACCCUGAAUUGCUUGUGCUUUACUAUUGAGAGCAAAUUAGAAAUCUGAAAAAAAACUUCAAAAUGAUAAAAUGAUUGACUUUCAAAGGUGAAGAUAGUUUCUUUGCAAUUUGUCUAAUAGAUAAUAACGAUUGAAAUAAAAUAUUAAAGAGAUUUUGUAAUUCGCAAAAUCCUGUAUCGAUUAAUGAUCAUUUGAAAAUUUUCAUGUUAAUCCUCAUAAUGAGAUAAAAUUAUAACUUUUUUCAGAUUUUCAAGAAUUUAGCUCUUCUAAACUGCCGUUUAUAACGGGUGUCCCAGAAUAAAUUAUACCAUUCGUAUUUUGAGUAUAACUCUUCUAUUAUCCAUUAGAUCGGGACAUCUUUUUAUACUAAAAGAUAGCGCUUGAAAUUCUCUACAAA